AUGAUGAAUCGUCUAAUUCUGAAUAAAGCCACCUCAUCAAAUGAUGAGCCAACACCUGGAUAUUUAUUCAAUGAGAUAACUCAAAUGACAUUUUGCUCAAAAGAAUCUUUAGGUUUAGUAGGAGAAUAUUUAUUAAAGAAAUUACAAAGAACAGAUUUAAAUGUAAAAUUAAAGACAUUAAAAAUUAUGAAACAUUUAUGUGAUAAGAAGAGAGGAGAUUUUCGAAAUUUUUUAAAGAAGAAAAUGGAUAUAAUUAAAGAAUGUCAACAAUGUAAUAUUGUAAAUGAUGAAUUAAAAGGUGAAACUCCAUCUAUGUUAGUACGUAAAGAAGCGACUGAUUUGAUUAAAUUAAUUUAUUCAUAUGAUGCUACAGAAAAUGUUAUGAAAAGUUCAUCAAAUAAUAGUCAAGAUACUAUGAAAAAUAAUAGAAUUGAAGGAUUUGGAAAUACUGUAUUUGAUAAUAAAAAUACACAACAUAAUAAUCAACAUAAUAAUCAACAUAAUAAUAUAUAUAAUCAUAGUAAUAAUAAUAUAUAUAAUAAUAAUGAUAGAAAUCUUAAAAAUAAUAUGGAAACUUAUGGAAAUAAAUUUAUAAGUAAUAAUUAUAAUAAUAAAAAUAAUUAUAUGAGUAAAAUGUCAGGUUUUGGUAACCCUUAUUUUAAUCAAAAUCCAGUACAAAAAACUAAAGGAGAAAUAGCUAUAAAAUAUUUAAAUGAUGUAGCUAAUAAAUAUAUACCCUCUUCUUUUGUAAAUAAAAUUAAUAGAGUUAGUGCAUCUCUAAGCAAAAAUUAUUCAAAUGGUUCAUUAAAUAUACAUAGUAUAAUGAAUGGUCGAGCAUUCAAUAAAGGUCUCGAAAAAAACCAUAUCAAAAGAUCAGAAAGUUAUUACCACAAUAAAAAUAAUAUAAAUAAUAUAAAUAGUAUAAAUAGUAUGCAUUAUAUGAAUAAUCACCAUAAUAAUAAUAAUAAUAGUUAUAAUAAUAAUUAUUAUAAUAAUUCCAGAAGAAAUGAUAACGUAAGAAAACCACAAGAAAUUCAACAAGCAGGAUUAUAUGAGAAUAAAAUUAUUCAAGACAUAUUACUUACAACUGGUAUUAAUAAAGUACCAUCAGAAAAUAUACUUAACGAAUUUGCUAUAAAAUGUAAAACUCUAGAUACCAAAUUAAUCGUUUCAAUACUUACAGAUAAAUUAAAGAAAAAUAUUCAUGACGAAGAAGAAAAUUGUAAAUACAAAUAUAAAGUAUUAUCUAUUAUAAAACAUUUAUUAUCCUUUAGAACUAAUGAAGAAAAAGAAACCCUUAUGGAAACUCUAGAAGUCUUAAUACAGAAUCUAAAAAAUCAAACAUUAGAAGAAUUAUAUAAAUGUAAAGAAAUUAAACAAUUAAAAAAAAUUGUUAUAGAAAUAUUUGUUCUCAUGGGAUUACAAAAAAAAACAGACACCCAAGAAAAUGAUAAAAAUAAAAAUUUUAAUAUAUAUCAAAACCAGGUAUCUAUGGAAAUACCAAAUUUGUUAGAUAUCGAUGAUGAUAUAAAACCACCUCCAAAUAAUAAUAAUAUGACAAUGGGUGAUUCAAAAAUGUAUUAUAAUGAAAAAAAUAAAUCAGACGAUCUUAUGUCGCUUAGUCAAAAUGUUUCAAAUGGGACUCAAACCAAAAACAAUAAAACAGGCUUUGAUAACAAUGACCAUUUUAAGAAUCAAUGGAAUAACAAAAAGGAUGAAAACAUGGAAAAUCUUCUGUGCGAUUUUGAAAAUAUAUCAAUUAAUAAUAAAGAAUUAUUUAAUAGUCUAAAUGUUAAAGGUAAUAACACCCAAAUAUCAUACAAUAAUAUGAGGUCUAAUCAAAAUGCAGAUAAAACUUAUUAUAAUACACAACAAGGUAACAAUAAAAAUAAUAUGAAUAACAAUUAUAAUAAUAAUGAUAAAUUUAAUUUUAUGAACUCUAAUAAUGAUCUCAUAUUUUUCGAAAAUAAAAAGGAAAAUAAUACAAAAGAAAUAAAUGUAUCAUCUAAACAAACUAAUCAAACUAAAUUAAAUGACGAAGGAUUAUUCUUUCAUUUAAAUCAACACAAUAUAUAUCAAGAUGAUAAUAAAUUAAUAGAUAUAAAUAAUGACACUACUAAUAAUUCAUUGAAUACAUAUUUUAAUAAUAUAUCACAAAAUACAUAUGAAAAGGAUAAUAUAAUAAACGCAACAUCAUUAAAUAAUAAUAUAAAAACAAGUAGUAAUAUUUCACAUGAUAAUAAAACAAGUAAUAUAAAUUACUUUCAUGAUCACCAUUUAAAAAUGGGUGAUGAUCAAAUUGACAACUUUUUUAAUUCUUUCACUUUAUCCUCUAAAAAAAAUGAACAAAAUAAUACAAAACCAAAUGUAAAAAUUGAUGCCUUCGAAUUAUUAUCGGAUCAAAUGAAACUAUAA